AUGGUACUGAUGUCGGCCCGAGCUCACGACAAGAUCAGGGCGCAAGCCAGCAUCGAGGUCAGAGCUGCCAGCCUUGGUGCUUGCCUAGGCGUCGACCUGGCAGCGUGCAGGCGUCUCUGUCGUUCCACGGUCCGCAAGCGCAUGCUCAAGAUCAAAGGUGCGCACGGACGCCUGAGGGGCAUGGCCCGAGCCUCUCGCAAGUAUGAACCUGCGAUCUUCAAGGCGGGGACGCAGCUGGGGUCCGUGCGCGUGUUCACCUGGCCCUUCCCUGACGGCGAGCCCAUCAGGCCGUUCACCGACGUGGCUCUGCAUGCCCACAGCAUCAACACGUUGUCUCUGUCGGUCAACGCGCACCUGCUGUUCAGCGCCUGCCAGGGCGGGACUGUGAUGGCCUCCCACGUCCGGCCCGAGAAGCCUGGCGGCGGCAGUUACGCCCCGGGCCAGCUCGCGCAGCGGUUCGUGCAUUACAGGUUCCGGGAGGACGGCGGCUCGCACCGGAAUACGAACCGCGAGGACCGGGGGGGGCGCAAGAUCCACGACCUGCAGCGGAAGCUGACGGAGGCUGGCCAGGGCUUCUCCAACCAGGCCGCCACGAUGGACGAGCUGAUCCUGCUGCCUAAGGCCUACUUUCAGGAGUGCCUGCACGAGAUCAAGGAGCUCGAGGAGCGCGCCAACUCCCUCGAGCACGAGAGCGAGUACACGCUGGAGCAGAAG